GAGCAGGUUUGCGCGGGCUGAGGCGAUGAUUUUGAAGUCUGCCUAGUUCUAAAGUACUCCUUCCGGUCUUUGUCGGUUAGUCAGGAGGGCCGUUAGUUGUGGGGCCUCAGGACGGAGAUUGGGUCGUGAGGGAGGAAGAGCCAGAAACACGGCAGUAGUAGCGUUUCUUCACUUCGUCUCCAGCCGCGGGUUGUAGUGGGGCUCUCCUCUCGCCAACUCAGUUCCUCUCGCGGGACCCUAAAUUCCUCCACUUGCCUCUCCCCAAAAUCCGCCAUGGAUCUCGACAACUCAUUUUCCCCGCUCAAGCCAGUGGACGGGAACCCUAAAGUGGGUAAGAAAAAGAAUGAGGAUUCAAAAAAGAGGCUAUCCGUUGAAAGGAUCUACCAGAAAAAAACCCAGCUGGAGCAUAUAUUGCUCCGGCCUGAUACAUACAUUGGUUCUGUGGAACAAGUGACACAGCAAAUGUGGGUGUUUGAUGAAGAUGUGGGACUCAAUUGCAGGGACAUCACUUUUGUACCUGGCCUCUAUAAAAUCUUUGAUGAAAUCUUAGUCAAUGCUGCUGAUAACAAGCAAAGAGAUAAGAGCAUGUCUUGCAUCAAAGUUACCAUUGACCCAGAGAAUAACACAAUCUCUGUGUGGAACAAUGGAAAAGGGAUUCCUGUUGUAGAGCACAAAGUGGAGAAGGUCUAUGUGCCAGCUCUUAUUUUUGGACAGCUUUUAACUUCCAGCAACUAUGAUGAUGAUGAGAAGAAAGUCACAGGUGGGCGAAAUGGUUAUGGAGCAAAACUAUGCAACAUCUUCAGUACCAAAUUUACAGUGGAAACUGCAUGCAGAGAGUACAAGAAGCAUUUUAAGCAGACUUGGACUGACAACAUGAAUAAAGCCGGAGAAAUGAAACUGAAAUCGUUCGAUGGGGAGGACUUCACAUGUAUCACUUUCCAGCCUGAUCUGUCAAAAUUUAAAAUGACCACCCUAGACAAAGACAUUGUGGCUCUAAUGUCUCGCAGAGCUUAUGAUAUUGCAGGAUCUACUAAAGACAUCAAAGUCUUCUUGAAUGGAAAGAAGCUCCCUGUCAAAGGAUUCCGUAGCUAUGUAGAGCUGUAUGUAAAGGACAAGUUGGAUGAAACUGGAAAUCCACUGAAAGUCAUCCAUGAAGAAGCUAAUGGUCGGUGGGAGGUGUGCCUGACAAUGAGUGAGAAGGGCUUCCAGCAAGUUAGCUUUGCCAAUAGCAUUGCUACAACAAAGGGUGGCAGACAUGUAGACUACGUUGCUGACCAGAUUGUCAACAAGCUCAUUGAUGUGGUGAAGAAAAAGAACAAAGGUGGAGUUGGAGUGAAGCCUUUUCAGGUGAAGAAUCAUAUGUGGGUUUUCAUAAACUGUUUGGUUGAAAAUCCAACUUUCGACUCCCAAACAAAGGAGAAUAUGACACUUCAAGCAAAGAGCUUUGGUUCUACAUGCAAGCUGAGCGAAAAGUUUAUCAAAGGGGCAGUCAGUUGUGGCAUAGUGGAAAGUAUCCUGAACUGGGUCAAGUUUAAAGCCCAGACGCAACUAAACAAGAAGUGUUCAGCUGUAAAACACAAUAGAAUUAAAGGAGUACCUAAACUGGAUGACGCUAAUGAUGCUGGGAGCAAGAACUCUAUCAACUGUACCCUCAUUCUGACGGAAGGAGACUCAGCCAAGACACUAGCUGUUUCUGGCCUUGGAGUUGUGGGUAGGGACAAAUUUGGAGUGUUCCCCCUGCGUGGAAAGAUGCUUAAUGUACGGGAAGCCUCUCACAAACAGAUAAUGGAGAAUGCUGAAAUUAACAACAUUAUCAAGAUUGUGGGCCUGCAAUAUAAGAAGAGUUAUGAUGACGAAGAAUCACUCAAGAGCCUGCGUUAUGGAAAGAUAAUGAUCAUGACAGAUCAGGAUCAAGAUGGCUCCCACAUCAAAGGCUUGUUGAUUAAUUUCAUACACCACAACUGGCCAUCUCUUCUGAGGCACCGUUUCCUGGAGGAAUUCAUUACCCCUAUCGUCAAGGUUUCCAAGAACAAAGAAGAGAUUCCUUUUUACAGCAUUCCUGAAUACGAAGAAUGGAAAUCUAGCAAUCCUAACUACAAAACCUGGAAAAUCAAGUACUACAAAGGUCUGGGUACCAGUACGUCAAAGGAGGCAAAAGAGUACUUUUCAGAGAUGACAAGGCACCGAAUACCUUUCAAGUACUCUGGCCCUGAAGAUGAUGCUGCGAUCACUCUGGCCUUUAGCAAAAAGAAGAUUGAUGACCGAAAGGAAUGGCUGACAAACUUCAUGGAGGAUCGAAGGCAGCGGAAACUACAUGGCCUGCCAGACGAUUAUUUAUAUGGGAAGACUACAAGUUACCUGACCUACAAUGAUUUCAUCAACAAGGAGCUUGUUCUCUUCUCAAACUCUGACAAUGAGCGAUCCAUCCCAUCCCUGGUUGAUGGAUUGAAACCAGGUCAGAGGAAAGUCUUGUUUACUUGCUUCAAAAGAAAUGACAAACGGGAGGUGAAGGUUGCUCAGUUGGCUGGUUCAGUGGCUGAGAUGUCCUCUUACCACCACGGAGAGGCCUCACUGAUGAUGACCAUUGUCAAUUUGGCUCAAAAUUUUGUGGGCAGCAACAACCUUAACCUGCUUCAGCCCAUUGGUCAGUUUGGUACCAGGCUGCAUGGUGGCAAAGACUCUGCCAGUGCUCGAUACAUCUUUACAAUGCUCAGCCCUUUGGCACGGCUGGUUUUCCCUGCAGUAGACGACAGUGUGCUGAAAUUUCUGUAUGAUGACAAUCAACGUGUGGAGCCUGAAUGGUACAUCCCGAUAAUUCCCAUGGUGCUGAUCAAUGGAGCUGAAGGCAUUGGGACUGGCUGGUCAUGCAAGAUUCCUAACUAUGACAUCCGAGAAGUGGUGAAUAACAUUAGGCGCAUGCUGGAUGGAGAUGAACCACUACCAAUGAUUCCCAGUUAUAAGAACUUCAAGGGGACGAUAGAUGCAUUGGGGCAGAGUCAGUACCUUGUCAAUGGAGAGCUCUCUAUUCUGGAUUCAACCACCAUUGAAAUUUCUGAGCUUCCGGUCCGGACAUGGACACAGGUAUAUAAAGAACAGGUUCUGGAGCCCAUGCUGAAUGGCACAGAGAAGACUCCCCCACUCAUCACAGACUACAAAGAAUAUCACACUGACACCACAGUCAAAUUCAUCGUAAAGAUGAGCGAGCAAAAGCUGGCGGAGGCAGAGGCAGCUGGCCUCCACAAGGUCUUCAAGCUACAGACUUCUCUUUCCUGCAACAACAUGGUACUCUUUGACCAUGUUGGCUGCUUGAAGAAAUAUGAGACUGCAGAAGAUAUUCUGCGGGAGUUCUAUGAGCUCAGGCUUCGCUAUUAUACUUUAAGAAAAGACUGGCUCACUGGCAUGCUGGGUGCAGAGUCUGCAAAGCUAAACAAUCAGGCUCGCUUCAUUCUAGAAAAAAUAGAGGGCAAAAUAGUGAUUGAGAAUAAACCCAAGAAAGAAUUGAUCAAGGUCCUUAUCCAGAGGGGUUAUGAUUCUGAUCCAGUAAAGAAAUGGAAAGAGGAUCAACAGAAGAGCAACGAUGAAGACACGAGUGAAGAAGGGGAUAGCGAUAAGGAAAAUGAAUCUGCUGGCGCUCCAGGGCCAGAUUUUAACUACCUUCUGAACAUGCCUCUCUGGUAUCUAACAAAGGAGAAGAAAGAUGAGCUGUGUAAGCAACGGGAUGACAAAGAAACUGAGCUGGAAAACCUGAAGCGGAAGAGUCCUGAUGAUCUAUGGAAAGAAGACCUUGCUGCCCUUGUUGUGGGUCUUGACAACCUAGAAGACAAGGAGAAACAGGAGGAGAUGGCAGGGGUUGGAGGCCAGCCCAUGAAAAGGAAAGGAGGAAAGACUAAAGUGAAGAAGAUGCAGCUGCAGGAAAUCAUGCCCUCUCCUCAUGGCAGAAGAGUCAUCCCCCGAGUGACUGAGGAGAUGAAAGUGGAGGCAGAGAAGAAAUUAAAAAAGAAAAUCAAGACUGAGAAACCUGAGUGUGAUGGGAAUCAAGAAGGAGGUUCUCCAGGAUCUGAUAAGGAACCAAAAAAUCUUAAACAAAGACUGGCCAAGAAAUUUAAGCCUGAACCAGCUACCAAGAAACAAUCCAAGUUGCCAUUCACCGCAGUAAAAAAGGGGGCGAAAAAUCCUUGGUCUGACUCUGAAUCAGAAGGAGAUAAUGUGGAGGUUGAGCCUCGUGCAAAGAUGCCACGUCGUCAAGCAGUAGCAAAAGCAAAGUAUGUGUUGGAUUCUGAUUCAGACUUCAGUGACAUGGAUGAGAAACCGCAGGCUCAGGAGGAAAUGGCUGAGGAUGCUGUUUCUGAAGAAAUUGCCGAGGUUCCUGCUGCAAAGCUGAAGGCUGUUUCUAAGAAAGCAAAGGAACAGAACGCUAAAGGACAUGGCAAAGUGCCAGAGAUGCAGAGAACUGUUUCUGACAAUCAGCCUUCCAUUAUGGAUGCUUUUUUAAAGAAAAGGACAGUGACAAAAUCCAGCAAAGCAGCCGGACAUAAGAGUUCAGAUUCCAGUACAGAGGGAGCAGCCUCCAAAAAGCCUGUGCCUCCCAAGACUAAGCAGCCUGCCAAAAGGAAGCCUUCCUCCACUUCUCAGGAUUCUGAUUCUGACUUUGGCCCGUCGGCUAAAAAAUCAACAGCACUUAAGAAAACCAAGAUGAUGGAUGAAUCGUUCUCCAUCAGUCUGGACUCUGAAUCUGAUGAGGACUUAAGUGCUCCCGCUGUAUCCCGUGGAAGGCCAGGUCGGGCAAGGAAGCCUAUCCAGUACCUGGAGGAGUCAGAUGAAGAACUGUUCUGACUUUGAAAUGAAGCUGUAUUGCAUUUUUCAGUCCUGCCUAUCUGAAGCCAGUAACAAAAUCUUGUGCCAAUCACAGCUUGAUAGAUAAUUUCCUUUGAGAACUGCAACUUGGGUUUAUUAAAUAUUUUUAUCUAAGCAACUGAGAGCCACCUGCAAAAGAGUUUCUGUUGUGUGAAAAUGGGGGGGGGGGGGCGGGAUGGGAAGGAAAGCAACUUCUCUUUAUUCCUGCUCUUAACAUUCUUCUGAUGAGGCCUCUGAACCUCUUACUUAAAAUACCAGUGUCUUCUAACGCAGGAGGAGAAACAAGCAAAGUCUCAUCCCUUCUGAUUGGAAGAGAGUUGUAUGUCUUUGAGAGCACCGUUUUAUCAUUGUUUUGUUGGUCUCUGUAAAUAUUUAUGUGGUUUUCAUAAGUUUUCCAGCUACCACUUUUAUACUUGCUUAAUAAAUGUUUGUUUUUCUAAUCAAA